AUGUCUUGGGAGGACAAGCAGAUCGUUGUAUUAACAUGUGCUUUAAUUGUAAUUGUCUGCAUUGUAAAUACGUGUCGCGGUUUAAAUGCAAGCUUGGCGACGUCGAGUGCUUUCGCGCUACGUAGAGAAUACCGUGUCAGCACCAGCAUAAAGCGUAAUCUUGGUGGUGGGAAUACCGUAACAGAUGCCACUUUUGGAAAGCUGGUGUUUUCACGCGAUUUUAAAUCGACGCAUGGUGGACGCAGCCAGGGCGUCUUUCUGAAAUGGAUCCACAAAGAGUACGAGCACCAAGAGACCUCGCAGUCCAGUACAUUUGUUAACCGCCCUGGGCUGCGGAACCGCAGGCAGGUUACAGGAAAGGUCUUUGGCCCGUACCAUGGAUCCGGUGAUACAGCUGCCGGAAAAUGGAGUCCAAUGAGGCCCGUUGUACAGUGCAAAAGCAAUUUGAUGAUGCUCACUGCACCGGGCCAAGCAUACAAACAUCUGCUAAUAGAUAGAGGAAAUGCCCCCCCUCUGCCCUUCUCCCAUCUGCCGUCUAGCUGUGGUUACUCUGUGAAGGUGACAUGGAGGGAUGUGAUUUUGAUUACACCGUAUGACGGUUGCUAUAUCAUUCAUCAGAAUGGCACUUAUGUUCUGCCGUUGCUUUGGUGGGGGGCUCCUGUCAAGAUGGUCUGCCCUGAUGUCUUGCCCCCCCCACGUGUCCGUCUUUCUGUCCGUUGCUGGCUUUUUGGCAUGUCCCUGCAUAUAAAAGCACAGAAACAUGAAAUUAGCAACCUCAGGAUCAAAUUGAAAGGUGGCUGGGUGCCGUCUGUGUCUGUGAAAUGUGCGUUCCGUGCAGAUGGUCAGUCUGGAGAGGCGGUCCUCUAUCUCCCCUAUGCGAUCUGUGACAUACCUCUUAAGGACGGGUCACACACCCUCUCUGUGUUUUCAGGAGGAGAACACACUUAUUCUUGUGCAGCGCUGCCUUUGCCCCAAACCUUUCAGGUCCCUCACUUCAGGCCGGAUUACCUGUCUUACUACAAUCCUCUUCAGCCCCCACCUCCUGCUCCCAACCCCCCUACUGCUCCACCUGUCAGAGAUCCUUCUUUUUACCCCAUGAUACCUGGCCUCUUUCCCCCUGCUAAGUCUCUGGUCCAGGCUCCUACUCCUCUUUCACUUGACAUUCCCACUAUGGUGACGUCUCGCUAUAACUACUAUCCCAUAAUUCCCUUCCUGAGCUCAGGUUCCUUUCCUGGUCCUCCCCUGCCCUCUAUUGGCUAUCCUCCCUACAAUCGUAUGGUGUCCCUGUUUAUUCCAUACCCUCCGCCCCCUACACCUACACCAGGUAGCCUCACGUACACAACCUCAGACUAUAAGCCUCCUGUUUCUACCACUUUCAUGCCUCCAAUCUGGGCUCUUACUGACCCAGUCCGUCCUGUGGUCAGUACCCCUGAAGGUCCCAUCUGGCCCCAGUUACCAGUUCCAUACCCUGUAGAAUGGCCUCCCUCCUCUUGGACCACUCCUCCUAUAUCAGUGACCACAUGGGUCCCUGAGUCUCCUGCAAGUCCAUCCCCUGGUCCUCUGAUAGUCUCUGCAGGUGUCCCUACAAUCCCCCCUCAGCUCCAGCCCGCUCUGAUAUGUAAGACCAACUCCAUGACCAUCUCGCUGCCCUCUGCCCGGCCCGAAUCGGUCAAGGUCUUAGGCCGAGGGAAUGUUUGGAUGCCAUUGAAUGAUGCUCCAGCAACCUGCUUUUACAAGAUCCAGGCCACUGGCACCCGCGGGCUGAGGGUCUCCUCCCCUCUUCCUGCUUGUCACGCGCGUAAUCGGUCAUCCACUUCAUCUGUCGUCGUGAAGUUCUGGGAUGUUUUGCUGAGGCGACGUCGAAUCCUGGAGAUGCGUUGCCCACUGCCCACCACCCUUCCUGCGUUAUUUCCAUCUCCACCUCCUCCCCCCAUUUCGCAAACCUCAUUUAGUCCUGCCCCACUCCUCAAGCACCAGCUGCUGUGCUCCGCCAAAGACAUGCAUGUGGAAUUGCCCCCAGGACCUCUCAGGGCUGUAAGUCUUAAGGACGGCGAGGGCGGCGUGAUCCGUGUGAAGGAUGCCCCCAAGCAUUGUGGGUAUGCAAUUAAUAGGGGGAAAAAUGGUGCCAUCACACUGGUGCUGCCCUUCAGUUCCUGUCACAUGUCUAUGCAGGGUAAUAAGUACAGAGUUGAUGUGAAGUAUCGGACUGCAAAUGGUGAAGAGGAAACUACAUUAUCAUGUCCGGUCCACCUGCCCUACACCAAGCAAGAGUGCGAUCUCCCCAUUGACAAACGCAUCCCUUGUGGGUCCGACUCGGCCUCCCGCAAAGAAUGCUAUUCCAGGGGCUGCUGCUACUACUCAGACUCUGGGGCUUGUUUUUACCCCAUGGAUGAGUGCACGGCGGACCGGCAUUUUGUGUUCUCCGUGCCCGCGUCUCUCACGGAACCUCCCCUCUCUCCUGCCUCGCUUUUUGUGGCUGGGAACACCUCCUGCACCCCUCAGACUGUAACCCCUAACUUUGCCUUGUUCAGGGUUCCUCUGGAUGGGUGUGGAGCGCACAGAUACGAGGUCGGACAGACGGUGGUUUACAUGUUGGAGAUCGUCAACACCAUCCGGUCCAUCGCCCUCGGCUAUGGUGCUAUUACAAGAGAUGCUCCUCUUAGAUUACUAGUGGAGUGCAGGUUUCUUCCCGGCUCCCAAGUUAGCGUGGGCUACUUGGUGAAAACCCCGUCUCUUGGACCUUCGAUCCAGGCUCAGGGCCUCUUUGGUGUCCAGCUGAGGAUCGCUACAGACCAGGACUAUACCAGCUACUACCCCCAGUACCACCGUCCUUUGCACCUCCUCCUGGGAAAGCUACUGUAUCUGGAGGUACGCCUGCUGAACCCCCCUGAUCCGGAUGUCCUGCUUCUGGUGCAUUACUGCCUGGCCUACCCUCGCUCUGCACAGUCUGCCUGGGUGCUCAUCUAUAAUGGCUGUCCCAAUCGCCUGGACUCUUCCCCACCACAACUCCCGCCACCAUCGACUCUUCCAAAACACACCAGAAGGUUCACCAUCACUACUUUCCAGUUCCUCUCCCCUGAUAGCGAUUUUGUAUUGGAUGAAGAGAUCUACUUCAUGUGUUCAACUGAAGUUUGCUCACCUUCUGAAGGCCCUUGUGUGGAGGGUUGCUUUGGUGGUGAGGACAAUUCUGCCCAGAGAUCCAGUUUUAGCAGGAGCCUGAAGACCAUUAACCACCAAGAUGUGACUGACUUGGCAUUGACUACCAAAAAUAAAACGUCUUGAAGACAUCCUCACGGGCCUUUGUGCCGCUGAUGUUGGGGUAUUUCCCCCCCCUUUCUUUUAGGUGAUUGGGAAACUAAUGUUGAACAGUAACCUGCCUCAACCAUUUUAAAUACAGUGUAUAUACAAAAUCA